AUGUCCCUCCCAUUCCGUCCCAUGGGACCUGUCCCUCAUUUCAUGAGUAGCAACCCGGCAACAACUGGGCAGCUGCCAGAGACUCGCAUGAAGAUGGUCGAUCCAGGUGUGGUAACUGGUGUCUACUACAUCACCUUUUGCAAUGUUUGUGUCCGCCCUGGCUCUGUUUGGUCGGCAAUUCUUUGUGCUCAUGUUUCUGACAUGCUUGGCGAGAUACAGAUUCCACUACAUGUAACCUGGCAGGAGAUGAGACGCCACAUCUCCCAGGUCUGCGAAGUCGACCGCGUCGAGAUCUUCACCGCGAGUACAUCGGGAUGGGUCCGACUCAAAGGCCAUCAUAACUUUGAAAAAGCAUGGGCUCUGUUGCAGCAUGGCUACCAGAAUCGAGACCUCCGUCCUUCAGCCAAGAAUUGCUACGACGCCCUCCCGAUCAAGGAGCGCUUUCCUGAGGGUCAUCAUACGGGGCAUGGCCAGCCGGUCAUGGCUGGUUCCUGGCCACAGAUGGAGAGAGAUGGUCCAUUUAGCUCCCACCUUUACAACUACCGAAGCCCCGAGACGCAGGCAUCCCAGCCACGGACGUACACACACCCACACGCAUCCCUGCCCCCCCAGCCGGUGCGAACCAACAACUCAGACCAGAUCUGGUCCGCCCCAAGCACGGUGGCCAAUAGCGGCCGGUCGGGAUAUUUGUUGCCCAUGAACACAGAGAUUCCUGCAUCCUCCGCUGCCCUGACUGGUGGAGGGCAGUCUUGCCCCCAGCCGCCCCGUGCUUCACAUGCACGUGAAUGUUCAGACGACUCGGCUGGGCGUGCUGCAGUCGCGAACAAUUCUAUGCCUGCAAAAUUAACGACGCCCCUUGACUCCGGGGACCGCAAGAUCCUGGUAAAAGGGUUCGGCUCACAUGCGGACGAGUCAGAAAUCAGAUUCUGGAUUUUCGACACUUGUGGUCCACUUGCCAUGAACAUCCGUCGUCUGGAUGUUCCUGCUAGGCAGUCUGGUCCCCGAAACUCGUCUUCCCACAAGCAAAUCUGUGGGUAUGCCUUUGUAGUCUAUCGGAGCCCCUCAGCAGCUGCCAAAGCCGUGGACUUCUUGCAGAACAGAGAGUAUAACGGCACACCUGUCACUGCCCAACUCAUCGAUGACAGUGAAAGGCAUUCUCCAGUGCCGACCGCACCCUUGCGAGCAUUGAAGCAUUGA